GGUAUGUAUUGAAAACAGAAAGCCUACGUGGCUACAUGUAGUUGAAAUAAAAUGGAUAGACACAUUUAUCCAUUCCAUUAAUUCCACUUUCUCACCGCCGGUGAUGUCAUCAAAUCCGCGCCGGCGAAAAUGAACACCGUCAAAAUCAAAACCACGUUCUUCCCAAAACCUUAUGCCUCUCAAUCAAAAUCAAUUAGCGCUUAAUUUAUCACUCUCACCAAAAAAACCAUUAAAUUAAAUCGCUUUCUUUCAUUUUAUUCUUCCAUUUUUCAAUAACCUAGAUGAAAAUCAUGUCUCCUAUGUCAACUUUUCCGAUUCAAAAACCUCAAUUUCAUAUCUUACUUUUCAAUGGAUCUAAAAUACCUUACAAUUGCACUAAAAUUACCGCUUCAUGGAACAUGUCUAUGGAUUCGAGAUUUUCGUCAACAGUGAAUGAAAGUAGUGAUAUGAAGAAUAAGAAGAAGAAGGAAGAGCUCUCGGCGAAGCUUUCAAUCUCGCCAGUUCCUAAAGUGGAAGAAAGUGUAAGGUCUGAUGGUCUUCGAUUCGACCGGUUGCAGCCGUCAGAUUAUGAAUUAUUUCGAGAAAGAAGAUUUGAGUUUGGGCAGUUUGUAGCUAGAGAUGCUGUGCUUGAUGAAGAGUAUUGGACAGCAGCCUGGCUAAGGGCAGAAAGUCAUUGGGAGAAUCGAACAUUUGAAAGAUACGUUGAUACCUACAAAAGGAAAUUCGCUGAGCAGGAAUUUAAUGCGGUAAAAAGGCGGUGCAAGGUUCAAAAUGGGGAUAGCUGCGCUUGCAUUAUCGCGGUGAGGAAGGAGCAGAAGAAUGUAAAACGCUCGAUAAUAAAAAGUAUUGUAGGAACACUUGAUUUGAAUAUCCGAUAUUUGCUGCAAGGAGAGACUUUUCCCGGGGAACGAGUUAAGACACCUUUUUCUUGCAGCACAAACAGGACACCACCAAGUAGAUAUGGUUACAUUGCUAACUUAUGUGUUACCAAAUCGGCUCGCCGACAAGGAAUCGCAAGCAACAUGAUGUAUUUUGCUGUUGAAUCUGCAAAAUCUAACGGUGUGAGGCAAGUAUAUGUGCAUGUUGACAGAAAUAACAUGCCUGGACAAUUAUUGUACCAAAAGAUGGGCUUUGAGAUGGUUGAAACUGCCAAUGCUCGAUUGUUAUUAGAGGAAACUUACUUGCUACGUUUACAGAUGUAAAUUAUGGAAAAUAGUUACUUAUAAUUCAAUAAUUCAAUUCAACACAGUUGCAUAUUUCAAAGUUCAACUGCAAUUCAACACAGUUGCAUAUUUCAAAGUUCAACUGCUUCAGUUCCUGUAAAUCAAAUUCAAGGUAUACUUUAGUCUAUGUAAAUGCGUGUAGGUGUCCAUCUUUUAAUAUAUGGAUAUCUUCCGGUGUAAUUUUUCUGGUGUCUUGUAUUCUUCCUUUUAUGAUAAGCAUAUUCAAAUACAUUUUGGAUUGUAAAAAGAUUAAUGAAACAGAACAGCAAAUAUAUGUGUUUUUUAUUGCA